AUGGCCGCGAAUAGUCUUCCUCAAGAUAUUUCCGAUGUGGAACUAGUUCAUUUGGCCCGAGCUGCGAUGAAACGGGCACAUUGCCCAUACAGCAAGUUUCCAGUUGGUGCAGCGCUUCUCACUGAAUCUGGGGAAAUUGUCCAGGGCUGCAAUGUCGAGAAUGCUUCAUACGGUGGCACUAUCUGCGCUGAGCGUAGUGCUAUUGUUUCUGCUGUGUCACAAGGAUACACGAAAUUCCGUGCCAUUGCUGUCGUCACUGAGCUCAGCGAACCUGCGUCUCCCUGUGGACUUUGCCGUCAAUUUCUAGUUGAAUUCGGUGACUAUAAAGUUGUUGUGGGAACUGCAUCUAACAAUAAAAUUCUCAUCACCUCAACUCGCGCUCUUCUUCCAUUUGCUUUCACUCCUGAAUCGCUCGACACUUUUGAGCAAGAAAAAGCAUCAGAAGCUAAAGGAUUAAAGCAAGAUGAUGCCACGGAGCAUAACGUUACAGUCGUCUCUUAAUUUUUUAUUCCAAUCAGAAACUCCUUUCCACAUUUCCCGCCAUUCCUAGUAGUGUUUUUUUUCAUUUGUGAUAUCCUUCUCUUUCUUUCAAUUUAGUUGUGUCAAAAAUUCAUUUUAUUAAUAAAACUUUUCAG